UGAAACUGUUGGAAUGUGCUGUUCCAGUUUGAUUCCCAUUACUUGGUGAACCAAUAGAGUCUUUAAAAACUAAAGUGUUACAGAUGAGUUGAAGCAAUUUUCAAAUAGUAUAAAAAAGUAUAACUGUUGUUUUUAAUCAUAUUGAUUCCUUUCUCUUGUAAUGAUCUCUGAUAAUUAUUUAAUAACUUCAAUGCGAGCAAAGCCGCGGGUAAAAGCUAGUAAAAUAUGAAAAGACAUCACAUUGGGAUAAUUGAGAUCUAUCUAUGAUUGAAUGCUUCUUUGGAUAUAAUUAUAAUUUCAAAUCAACCGUUCCCGCUAGUAGUUGAAAUUGUACAAUUUUUAAUAAAACAUUUGGAACUGUAGAUAAACUGCGGAAGAUGAGCAUGCUCCGAACAUUACAACAGAUAACAGAAAAUGAGGAAGAGCCCGAAACAAACGCAACUAUAGCAAAAAUCACAGCAAUGUGUGUCUUGUUUCUGGCCUCAUUUGUAAUUGGCAAUCUACCUAUAAAAUUGAAUCAUUGGUUCAAAUGGAGUUCUGAUGCAAAAAAUAACUCUCCCGUUAAAUUUUUACUCGGAUUGGGUGGUGGAGUUUUGCUAUGUACAACGUUCGUUCACUUAUUACCGGAAGUUAAUGAGCAUUUUGAAGAUCUGAAUCUCACGCCUGACAUUGAAAUACCUUAUGCUGAGGUCUUAAUGUGUAUUGGUUUUUUUACUAUGUACUUCAUCGAAGAAUGCGUCCACGUAUAUUUACAUAAAAAAGAAACUGUCCCAAAUUUUGAAGCAGGAAUAGACAAUCCACAUGAAGCGGAUUUAGAAAUAGCCAUAAGACGUAGUGUUUCAAUAAGACGAGGAGAGGAAGACUUACUGAAACGUCAACAGUUAGCACUAGCUAUUCAUCAAAAUGAAAAUUCACAUGCUCGAAGAGAGCAUUCUCAUUUACCACUGCCUACAGCACAACAUUCUGCAGUAACUAUAAUAAGAGGAUUAUUAGUGGUAUUGGCUUUAUCGAUUCAUGAACUCUUUGAAGGUCUCUCUGUAGGUCUUGAAUCAUCAUCUCAUACUGUUUGGUACAUGUUUGGAGCUGUUAGUGCUCAUAAGCUCGUGAUUGCAUUUUGUAUCGGUAUUGAACUUGUCACUUCAGGUUUAAAAACCUUAUUUGUAAUUGUUUUUGUUUUUAUGUUUGCGGUGGUUAGUCCUUUAGGUAUAGGAAUAGGAAUUUUAGUAAGCACGGGAAAUGAUUCAUCUACUACCGUAGUUUCUGUGAUAUUGCAGGGUCUAGCUUCUGGCACUUUGAUGUAUGUGGUAUUUUUCGAAAUAUUACAGGGAGACAAAAGAAGCGGCAUGAAACAAUAUGGGGCUGUACUUUUAGGAUUUUUGGUGAUGUUUGGUGUAACUUUGCUAGGUACGUAACGAGUUUGGUGAAAUAUUUGUAUAUAUUUUAUAUUUAUAAAUAAAGAGAAAAAUUUCCA